AUGGAGCAUCUCCUCCAUCUCGACACAGACGUCGUCUGUCUCCUCGCCAAACUCAACUCCUACGACUAUAUCAUCGUAGGAAGUGGUUUCGGCGGAGGUCCUUUAGCUGAACAGCUUGUAUCCCAGCAAUACAAAGUCUUGUUGAUCGAGCGCGGCAGCGUCAUCUUCUCCACCCACGUUCUCAAUACUUCUCGCCCUUACUUCAGCCGUGGCGCAAGUAAUUCCCCGGAGGGUAACGAGCGUGUGUAUGACGCUGUAAAAGCCAAAGUCCAAUGCACCGAUCGCUCUGAUAGUUAUGUCGGCGGUCCAGUGUAUUGCGUCGGUGGACGUUCUAAUCUCUGGGGUACUUGGAUCCCAGAGAUUGGAGAUGAGACUCUCGGUGCUUUCUUCCCCACUGAUGUUGUUGAUUACCUCAAGGGUGAUCUUGUGCAGGGAUACAAGAAGGCGUUUAGAUACCUUACUGACUCGCAGCCUGGCGAUGUCAUUUACCCAGAGGGUGACGGCAAGCAUGAAGUCAGCGCUACAGAGAUUGGAGACGCAAAUCAGAUGUUGGAAAAUGCCUUGUCUGGUUCAAAGUUCGAUCUCAUGCCUAUCGCAGCGCAGUUCAAUGCCCCGGCACCAUACAAGUUCGCCCAAGGUGCAUAUAGUACCACCUUGAGCAUCAUCAAUCGCAUGUACGCCAACGAUCAGUAUCUCUCUGUUCUGCUCAACACAGAGGUCAUCGCGGUUCAGCACACUGCCAGCAACACCUUUAACAAAAGCGUCAACGCUCUCAAGAUCAGAGACAAAUCCACCAACACCAUCAAAGAACUCGACGUCGGCAGAGCCAAAGUCAUCCUCUCCGCCGGAACAAUCGGCACCGCCUCCAUCGCCCUCAACAGCGGUCUCGACCACCUCAAUCCCCUCGUCGGCAAAGGUCUCAUCGACCACAAUGUCUGCUACGUGCGCUUCGCCAAGCAAAAGUCCGACACCGUCACCUCCAAGCCCCUCAAUCUCAAAACACACCUCAAAGUCGGUGGCGAAGAAUGUCUCGUCACAGUGACGAUCAAUGCGAAUUUCUUCUUGGCGGGAAGUUCUGCGACGCUCAACACGACGCACUUUUAUCGUCGUGAUGGGACGCUCAUGAGUCCUACUAAGGAUGCGGCUGAUGAGAAGGAGAACUUUGACACUAUUUGCGUGCUAUUUGAGUUUGUUGGGAAGCUUGAUGAUGAGAAUUCUGUGCUUAGUCUUCCGGGCCUGGAUCCUGUGCUGGAUAUUCGUCGUCCGCCGAUUAAGCAUGAGGUUCAGUGUGCUAUGGAGGAUAUCAUCCGCAGAGUUCGCGAUGCAUUUGUUGGUGUGAAGCCUAACCAAGCUACGUAUGCUGACCCCGGAGUAUGUCCUGACCCUGGCUUACGACCUCAACAUUUGGGCUUUGGAGUGUUUUCCCAUGAGUGCGGAACGAUGAGAAUGGAUGGACCAAAGGGACCUGGUGUCGUGGACUCAAACCUCAAGGUCAAGGGCCUGGAUAAUCUAUGGGUUUGCGAUCUCUCGGUUCUUCCUGUUAGUCCCGAGGCCAAUCCCUCGUUGACUCUGGCAGCUCUUUCGCUGAGACUUGCUGAGCAUCUUUGCGCCUUCAUUCGUACCUCAAACCUAGCCAUGUCCACGCAACAAUUUGCAAAAGAUCAGCCUGAAGGCUUCUCUAACCGCAUCGAAAGAGUCACAAUUGUCGGAGCUGGCGGUCGGCAAGGUGCCCAAAUAACUGAGCAACUCCUCAAGACUGGAAAGCAUUCCAUCACUGCCCUGACUCGUUUUGGCAGUACUUCCAAGCUCCCAGAUAACGUCAAGUCGAUCCCAGUGGAUUACGAAGAUGAGAAAUCCAUUGCAUCGGCUCUGAGGGACCAGCAGCUCCUCAUCAUCACCCUCGCCGUCACUGUCGACCCAGAAGUCCAUCAUCGUAUUGUUCGCGCAGCUGGAAAAGCAGGCAUCCGCUACAUCAUCCCCAACAUCUACGCUGCCAAUGUUGUCAUUGAGAACCAAGGUUCUGUGGAUGAUUUCUUCCCAGCUGCGCCCCCGAUCAAUCUUAUAAAGGAGAUCGAGCGCGUUGGUGUCAGCGCUUGGAUCCUUCUCGUAGGAGGCGUGUGGUUUGACUACAGCCUGCCUUCCGGAGAGUCGUUCAUGGGCUUUGACAUCGAUAACCGCAAGGCUACUUUGUUUGACAACGGUGAAGCCAAGAUCAACACCAGCACGUUGGCACAGUUUGGCCGUGCCGCUGCUGCGAUUGCAAGUCUCAAAGAGCUUCCAGAUGACGAAGACGACAAAUCCUCAACAAUCGUGCACUUUUGCAACAAACCAGUGUAUCUCUCUAGCUUUUAUGUCAGCCAGAAGGAUAUUCUGAGGAGUAUUCAGCGCGUCACGAACACGACAGACGCAGACUGGGAGAUCACGUAUGAGAGCAGCGCUGAUCGAAUUGAGAAUGGCAAGGCGAUGGGAAGAUCUGGUAAUAUCAUGGGACUUGUGCAGGCUUAUUAUUCUUUCAUCUUUUCACCGGAGGGUCAGAAACUGAAGACCCAAGACAAGCUGCACAAUGAGCUACUUGGGCUGCCGGAGGAGGACUUGGACGAAGUGGUGAAGGAUUGUGUUGAAGGUGCACCAGCUUCGAGAGGCACCUACCAACGCAACCUUGGGACUUCAAACUUCUUCCAGACUAUGUCUUUCGGCUUCGGCGUUGGCGAUUUUAUUGCCGUCGGGGAGCUAUGCUGGAAGAUCUACACUCGAGUCUACAAAGUGUCGCGUGAUGCACCUGAGGAGCUCCGGGCUUUGAUCCAAGAGCUAGGCAAUCUCUCCAACACGGUAAACUUGCUCAAUGAAGAAGUCCGAGAUCAGGAAGAGUGGAUAAAACGCGCGGGAGAGCGACGGCUGGAAUACACGUGCAAAGUCAUGGGUCAAGUCAAAGCGACUGUUCAGAAAAUGGACCGAUUGGCUGAUAAAUAUGCGGAACUUGGCAAGGGAGAUGCACUUGAAGGCUCAAGACGUCCAUUUCGAAUCCAAUGGAACCGCGUCAAAUUCGCCUUUGAGGUGUCUAGCAUCAACGAGCUUCGCGCGAAGCUGGACGAGCUCCGGAACCUCAUGAUAGGCCACCGCAUUUCGCCCGAGGGACCUCUUCUGAACGCUCCGUUGGACGAUGGAGACCGAGCAGAACUCAGCGCAGCAUUCUUGCGAAGUGCAGAGAUUGGUAACAGGCCUUGGGCCUCAAUUGCGAUCGACGACUGGCUGCAGGCAGGCAAAUGGUGGUUGUUAAAGGUUCGGUCACAAAUGAAUCAUUUUACAGAAGGGACUAAGAUUCAAGUCCAUGCCUAUAUCAACCUACUUAAGGCAUGCUGGAUACUGGCCGACAUCGUCUCAAUACACCCACAACGUGUUCAUUUAGGUGCUUCUAACGACAGAAGAAGCGAAGACAUCCGAAAUCUCAGUCAGGUCGCGAAACGAAGCUUGGAAAACUUUCCUGUUUUCGAAUUCCAGCUCCGUGAUGUUGAGGACAACACCAUAAACAUAUGGCCGCAAUUACCACCUUUAGGAGCGACGGCGCCUCCUCGGCAAUUCGGCAUCAAUCGAGAUAAUCUCGGCUUGCAGACUUCGCCCGGAGAAGUUUUAUUUCAGUGUUUCGCACAAAUCCACCGCACAACUGAGGGAACUGUGGACACUGAGAGUACUUGUGAAGAAUGUUUUCUUAUAUUGGAAGUGCCGCGCCAGGGUAUCUAUCUCAACGUUGUGCUGAAAAAUUUUGUCGCGCACGAUUUGUGUAAGAUGAAACUUGAACCUGAAGAUGACUCUGUGGGGAACGAUGAUUUAUGGAUAUUCUUGGAAACUCUUGAAGAAAGAUUGGGAAGCACAGUUAAAAUCCUAAAUAUCCAAGGAAAACUGCGAUGCCUUGAAGGCUAUCCUAUGGGGAUUCCAACUGUUCUACUCUGA